AUGGCCGAAGACAACUCCGCUGCUUGGCCCCAGGCCGACCAGGCUCUCUCGCAAGAGAUCCUCGACCUUGUCCAGCAGGCCACCCACUACCGCCAGCUGAAGAAGGGAGCCAACGAAGCUACCAAGACGCUGAACCGUGGUAUCGCCGAGAUUGUCAUCCUCGCCGCUGAUACUUCUCCCCUUGCCAUUCUUCUCCAUCUUCCUCUGCUCUGCGAGGACAAGAACGUCCCUUACGUGUACGUUCCCAGCAAGAUGGCACUCGGCCGCGCCUGCGGAGUAGCUCGCGCCGUCAUCGCCGCUUCCAUUACCACCAACGAGGCCUCCGAUUUGAUGGGCCAGAUCCAGACUCUCAAGAACAAGGUCGAGCGUCUCCAGAUCUAG